ACUCUAGUUUUUCUAUGCUGUGUCUAGAUUCUAAAGACGUGACACGUGACAGUCGUGGUAGUGAGUGGAGAGUCGUGGCUAUUUAUGUGACGGGACGGUGACGAAUUGACGAAUGUAAAAUCAAUAACAGAAACAAACAAUUUUCGUUUCAUAGUUAUUGAAUAUAGGAGUUUACAAAAACUUAGAAAUAUAAGGAGGUAAAUAUGAAAAUUCAUUCUGUUAAGGUUCCUCGUUUGUAUAAAGUAGCUGCUGAGGUAGCUAAAGAAGUGGGCGAAGGAAUAGGAAGUAUAAAAACACUUGUAUAUGAGAAGAAAAAAAAGCAUCCUAAUAUCAAAGCUAUAUAUGCACUUGUAUCAACACUUUUUCAAAAACUUAGGGAAAUUGAAACUCUAUUAAAGAGGUCACAGCUUUUAAUUAAAGAAACUAAGUUUAACCCAUGGCUGGCAAAAGUUUUAAUAGUGGAAUUAUUAUGGGGUAAAACUUACCUUCCAGGACAGAGCAAGCCCGAAAAUACAAUUCGUGCAUAUGAGCAAAUAUUUAAAGCACAUUUAAGUGACUCUACAGUUACAGAAAUUGAACACAAAGAUAAGGGCAAUAAACCACGGUAUGUUCGGAUAAAUACCUUAUUUUCCAAUUUAGAUGAAGCAGUAGAAUCAUUUCGUGAAGAUGGAUGGGUACUCAAUAGAUUCUUAAAUAAAAAUGAUUACAAUGGAUUUUUAGAAAUAAUUUCAUCUUUAAAAGAGGGAGAAUUUAUGAUAGACAUUCAUGUUCCCAACCUGCUAGUUUUUCCUCCCAAAACUGAAUUUUAUCGACACCCAGCUUAUAAGAAUGGAUCAAUUAUUUUACAAGAUAAAGCAAGCUGUUUACCUGUUCACGUUUUGAAUCCUCCGCCUGGUAGCACAGUCUUAGAUAUGUGUGCCGCUCCUGGUAUGAAAACUACACACUUGGCUGCUGUCCUAAAUAAUCAAGGUACUGUGUAUGCUACAGAAAGAAAUCCAAGACGUUUUGAAGUUCUCAAUAAUAUUGUUGAUGCAUCUGGAGCGACAUGUAUAAAAACUUUUAAUAAGGAUGUGCUGGAUUGUACAAAAGCUGAUUUUCCUGACGUUGAAUACAUUUUAGUAGAUCCUAGUUGUUCUGGAACAGGAAUGACAGAUCGUGCGCAAGAAAACGAAAUCACGCCCUCGAGGUUGGCAAGCCUGACUGGUUUUCAAGUAAAAAUUCUUCGACAUGCCCUUACUAAAUUUCCAAGUGCAAAAAGAGUUGUUUAUUCUACAUGUUCAAUAAUGGCUGAAGAAAACGAAGAUGUUGUGCGCCAAGUAUUAGAAACAAAUUACAAUUUUAAGCUAAUUUCAGCUAGUCAAUUUGUAGGUGAAACAUGGCAUAGUUUCGGUUCAUCCGAUUAUGGAGAUAUAGGAAAAUUCUGUCUCUAUGCAAAGCCUGACUCUGAUUAUACCAAUGGAUUUUUCGUAGCGAUCUUUGAGAGGUUACAGGAAGCUGAAGAAAAUCAAUUUUUCAACACCAGAAUCUUUAAUUUUAAAAAACAUGUGCAAGAAAACGAAAAAUGGAAGUUAAAGAAACAAAAAAAAUAUAAUCAAAAUUUAACCAAUAUAGAGUUUGGUGAAAACCACGCCCAUCAAACAGGAAAUAGGAAAGAAAACAAGAAAAUGCAAAAUGUUCAUAUAAAUAAAGAUGGCAAACAAAACGAUAAAUGCAGUAAUAAUUCCAAAAAACAUAAUCAGAAUGAAGUUAUUCCGAAAUAUAAACAAAAUAAGACGAAAAAUUAUACAGAUGAUGCUUCAACUGAAUUGGAGAAAUAUGAGAAUAUAAAUAUAUUGGAAAAAGAAGAAAAUCUGAAAAUAAAAAGAAAAGUAGCAAAAGCAGAUCAUGAUAAUUUGGAAAGUAAGCAACUAAAAAAAUCGAAGAACAAGAAGACCAAAUCGUUUGACUUGCAAAUUGACUGCGAAAGAUUAGAAAAUCGAACACCAGAAUGUAUUGGUAAAACAUCAAUUAUUUCGAACAAUAAAAAGAGUAAAAAGUUCAAACAAGUCGAUAUUGGUCUAGGAUCAGAUAUUAUCGCAAGUAAGCAUGUAGGAGUUACGAAUGAAUCAAAAAUCAAUACAAAAAAAAUCAAAAGACAAAACAUUGCCGAAACAAUAGAUGUAGAUAAAGAAACAGAAAUAAUUUCGAAAAAAAGAAAAAAGAAAUCAAAGAAAGUAUUUGUGAAUUAGCAACUAAAUGCGCAAAUAAAUAAAUCAAGUUCUUAAAUGGACCUUGUUUUAUCCAUGUUUUUUUUAUAAAAAAAAAUUUAUUUUGUAAAUUUUGCUCUGAGUUGAAUUAAUUUUUAUAAUAUAACUGUAAAGUUAACUAACAAUAAAGUAAAAUAAAAAAUU